CCUCAGGUAGCAAAGUUUACAUUUUGAGGCAUGUCUUAGCUAAACACUGAGUGAGGCAUAAUUAAAUUUAUGUCAAGCGAACGACUGAUCGACCAGUUCUGGAUAUUACUUCGACAGAGAUCAACCAAUCACACCGUCUUAUUUCGUCAGCUUGAUCAAAAUGCCCCACCUUGAAAACUCCAAAGUAGCUAUGUAUUUGGUUACAUGCACACCCUGCAUUCCAUACAAAGCUCUGUUAAGUAAUGGACGUCAAAAAGGUAUUCUUGAUUAUUUUGUUGCAAGGAAUAGCGACUGUCGUUAUAUUUGCUGCCGAAAAGAACAUCACGAAUUCUCGUGCGGCAUACUUCACGACACGAGGAAAUAAGCGACUAAAAGGUCACGUUGUCAAACGGUUUGAAUCUCCAAGUUUGUUGUCGUGUGAGAACUCGUGUUUGUGGAACAGUUGGUGUACUUCCACUAAUUUCAAGACAGUAUCCAAGAAUGGCAAAGGAACGUGUGAGCUUAACAAGCACAAAGCUAUCGAUGGAAAUGCCCACUUUCAUGAUGAACAAGGAGUUAUUUUCUCUAAGCUCCUUAAGGGAUGCCUCCUAACCGGCUGUCUCAAUGGUGGCUCUUGUGAGAUGGACGAAGUGAAGCAAACAUUUACAUGUUCGUGCCCGAUUCCUUGGACUGGAGAAAAAUGUGCAAUCCAAAUUGCUGACACUAAGGCACACAAAGAUCCUCGUUCGUGUAACGAGUUCAAGAAAAUGGCAAACCAGAAGUUGGUGGAUGGAGAAUACCCGCUAAGAAUUGGAAACGAAACACUCAAAGUAAGUAAGAUUAACAAAAAACUAGCACCAACAUCAGGUGUAUAUAUUUUUAAAUAUGAAAUAUUAAAACAUGAAUUUCAGCAAUUCUUAGUUGUGUGGGGCACGGUGCGUUAUGUUUUUGUUAGAAGCUCUUUACUCUCACAGUUCCUCUCUCUACUUGAGCCAGGUAUACAGGCUUUCGCUACUCGUCCUUCUGCCAUGAUUUUGUAUACCGUUCUCUCUUUUGAACUGCCUUUUGUAGAGGGUCCACAAUAGGGUUCUCAGAUCCCGCUUUCCCGCCCAUUUUUUCCUGUUAAUCCCACCAUCCCGCCCUUUUUAGCCUGGAAAUCCCGAUCCCGCCUACUUUUCAAGGACGCUUCUGCGUUAAUUGUUAAUUUUUUUAAAUUAAUAAUUAAUUUAAUUAUUG